CAAAAUUCGGACACUGGAAGUUCCACACGAGAACAAAUUCAAUAACGGAAACUCGUUUUUACUUUCCGAGAAUCACUUUUGAAAUCACUUUUGAAAAUAACGAGGAAACUGUGUAGUGGUAUAUUUUUCUUUCACUCUUACUAUGUCUUAUUCUCUCCAACUUACGGUUCCAUGGGGGGUGGGGUGGACUCGAAUCAGGUAGUUUCGACAACCAAACUACUCACUUCAGUUUUAAACACGACGACGCAAGCAUGUCUUUCAAUAUUAUUUUCUGUUUUUGCUUUCUUGCAAGUUUUUCUGAGGCAAUUCCACUACAAAAAGGUACCACCCACGACAUAAUUUUCCCUGACGAUUCCGACACUCUAGCAACUUACGUUCCUCACUGCACCAACAACCGAACAUUCUGCGAAGACGUAACAAUGUACCCGGAACACCUGUUUUACCCACACCUUCGAAACAGUACCUACGAGAAAGAGUACUUUCAUUACUCAGACCAAGACCAUCUCGCCGAAAGAUUUCAUCCCGACAAAGAAAACCUCAUUUGCGUGUCUCGAACCACGAGGUACCACCCCAAAGUUGCCUGCAAUUCGAAGAACGAAUGCAAGUUUGUUUAUAAUUUCGACAAAUAUAAACAAGAAAUUACAACGGAGGAAUGCGUUGGUGAGACUUCUUGUACUCACUUGCAAGAAUUUCCGAGAGGGGUUAGGACUAAGUGUGUGCAAAAAUACAGUGACGCGUUGCUAUUGGUGGCCGACGGGGAGGGAAAGCCGGUGUGGGAUGUGUUCUGGUUUCCUACGGCGUGUAUUUGCGCGUACGGGCAUGUAAUGGACAUGAAUUUUACUUAGUGUUAUUUUUUAUUUAUUUUGUAUAUUAUAUUAUGUAUUAAAUGGUACAAUAUUAUCAA